AUGGUUAUGGAUUCAUUUUCUCAUUUAUCUGAUGUUAUACAAUAUCUUCGUCUUAUAAAACAUCCAAAAAUUUUUGAAUCUUGUGCAAUCCCACAAUUAAUGGCUAUAGCAACACUUGUUCAAUUAUAUAAUAAUCCAUUCGUAUUUACAUCUGUUGUUAAAAUUCGAAAAGGACUUGCAUGUAAAUUAAUGUUAAAUUGUUCAGAUAUCAAACAAGUUGAAUAUUAUUUUUGUUUAUUUAUUAAUAAGAUUGAAAAGAAAAUUCCAAAAUAUUCUAAUGUUAAUAAUAAGCAUAUGCAAGAAUUAAUUAAUAAUAUCAAAUAA